CCCCAAGACUGGAGGGGCAAUCUUUCCUUUGCAUCUUGUAAGAUUCAAAUAUUAAGAUGCAAGCGGCUGGAGUAUUUAGCACAGGGGCGGUCAAAGACCAUGCCAGGCAGGAGCUUAUAGACUUGUUGGACUCGGUGCGAGGCAAAAAGGGAUUGGUCAUAGAUCCUUCCUUGAGCGGGCCCUUGAGUUUGGUGGCAGAGUUUACAUUGUUAAAGGAGCACGGCGUGGAAAAGAUCUAUCAUUUGGCACCUGGAAAACUGGAUACAGACUGCAAAAGUCUAAUUUAUAUCUGCAGGCCUAAAGUUGGUCAUGUGAAAUGUAUUGCAGGCCAUAUUCAGACACAUAGUCAGCAUGGCGUGAAAAUCAGCUACAGUAUCUUUUUUGUGCCACGUCGCUCGCUAAUUUGCGAGCGGGUCCUGGAAGAGGAGGGUGUCUUUGGAGAUGUCAUCGUGGGAGAAUACCAUUUGGAUCUUUUACCUCUGGAAGACGAUUUGCUGUCUCUUGAGCUGGAUUCUGCGUUUCGUGAACUUUACUUGGAAGGGGAUACAACAGCCAUAUUUUGCAUGGCGAAAGCACUGAUGAAACUGCAAACCAUGUUUGGAUUAAUUCCGCGUAUUGUUGGGAAGGGCCAGUACGCACGAUCGCUUGCUGAUCUUCUCUUACGCAUGCGGCACGAAGUCCUCGCCAGUGCGGAGGAUGAGGAAGCUUCUGCUAAAAUUUUCCCUGGCUUCUCGGAAAUUGAUGCAAUGGUCGUUAUCGAUCGAACGGUGGAUCUCAUAACACCCAUGUCCACGCAGCUUACAUACGAGGGUCUCAUAGACGAAGUGUUCGGGAUUCGGAGCACCUUUGUCGAAUUGGACCCGUCAAUGAUUGGUGGUCCAAGCGCCGUUCCCUCCGGUGGUUCGUCAACCGCUCACACGCCGGCUGCUGCCACCAAAGCCAAGAAAGUACCUUUGAAUAGUUCCGAUAGACUAUUUGCACAGCUGAGAGACCUUAAUUUUGCCGUGGUUGGAGGUCUGCUGAGCCAAGUUGCGCGACGCAUACAUGAGGACUAUGAGGGACGGCACCAAGCCAGGACAGUCACGCAGAUCAAGGAUUUCAUCGGCAAGCUUGGGAAUCUCCAGGCGGAACAUCAAUCUUUGAAGCUGCACACCGGAAUUGCCGAAGAAGUGACGAAGUAUACAAGAGACAAGGAUUUCAACAGCAUGCUUGAGGUUCAACAGAAUUUCGUUGCCGGCAUUAUUAGUAAACCACACAUCGAUUACAUUGAGGAGCUCAUCGAUAAACAGACACCCUUGGUGCAGACUUUGCGUCUCCUCAGCCUGUAUUCUCUCGUAGAUGGUGGGCUCAAAACAAAACAGUACGAAAAUUUUCGCCGCGAUAUUAUUCAGACCUACGGCCAUGAACAUAUCCUCACUCUGCAAAAUUUGGCCAGAGUCGGCAUACUUCGUAAGCAGGACACAUCCCGGCAUGUUUACCCACAAAUACGGAAAGCCUUCCGACUUAUUGUGGAUGAUGUGAAUGAGCACCAACCGAACGAUAUAUCAUACGUAUACUCUGGAUAUGCACCUAUAUCCGUUCGAUUGGUUCAAGCGGCGUGCCAGAAAGGUGUAGGCGGCGGGAGCACCACCUGGGAGAAGUCAGUUGCCGGUCCGGCACCUGUUGGAUGGAAGGGAUGGGAAGAACCAAUGCGGCUUUUGCCAGGCCCGACAUUCGAAGAGGUCCAGAGAACCGGCGAUACCAGAGUCGUAGCGAAAGCAGUAAAACCUAAACAGAAGGUAACGUUGAUCGUUUUCCUGGGAGGCUGCACGUUUACCGAAGUGUCUGCGCUUCGAUUCCUUUCACAGCAAGACGAAGGACACCGGGAAUUCAUUAUAGCUACCACGAAUAUGAUCAGUGGAUCUUCAAUGCUAAAAUCGCUUAUGGCGAAUUUCAGUCGGGCACCUUUAAAUCCAUAGCCGAAGGGCAACGGAUAUGGUCCUAUUAAUUGAAGUCGGUUACAAUGUGGUAGCGAUUGGAAUUUUUUUGGCUACUAUCAGCGUGUAUUCAGCCCAAUGCCUAAUAGCGGAUAUCAUCUCCCAGUAGCGACUUUAUUUAAUAGCCCGUUACGUAUUCGGUAAAAUUCCUCGACAUCUUGGCUGAUGCUAGUCUUCCCAAUUGCUUGUAAUGCUGGUGUUGAUGGAACCAGUCCAUUUUCUGAGCAGUCGAGGCACGAACGAGAUCCCUCCCCCGGGCUGGUGUGCAGUGCGCUUGUUGGUCUCGAUGGGUUUCCAGGGCCAUAUCUCUCGACGCGGGAUGUUGAUGGUGAAGAAUGGCGUGACGGUAUCUUGGAAUCGAUGUGAAAGACAUGGGAUAUCGGGACGUUGGAAGUAAUUUGUGGUGUAGAAGAGCUAACAUUUGGAGGAUAUACAUAUUUCGGCAGCGCCUGCGGCGAGACAAUUGAUAUCAGAACGAAUACAUCCAGGGAAGAAGACCAUCGCCUUUCAGAGCGUGAACUCACAAUUCGCUGUCGCGUUGAACCUGGUCGGCCCCUGUCUGCGGAGUUAGCCAGUGGUGGUUCUGACAUGUAGUCAUUUGGUUCGGAAUGCAUAUUGUUCGGCCCUCCUAUCUCAAAUGCUUGGGCCAACUUGGCCGCGUAUGCUCCCGCGGUAGGCGCUGUCAUUUGAUACGUCUCCCAUACUGAGGCCGAAGCAGAAUUAGACGAUAUCACUGUCCUCGUCUCUUCAACGGACUUUGUGCUAUCGUACCGAGCACUUGCAGAUGUUUCUGCUCUGCUGGAUGAUAUUAUAGGCAUGGAAGACCACCUGGGACGCGAGGUCUCAAGCGUCGAACUUCUUUCCAACCUAGCCUCAUCAUUUUCUGAUUGCUGCAGUAAGGGAUCCUCCGUGGCAAGGUACACAUGUAUGUACCAAUACUCAAAAUCGCGCGUAAGCCGAUGCCGGGCUUGCUCGAGCAGGUGCUGCAGAUGCUCGAUCUCAAUUUUCAAGUCUUUAAGUUGCUGGUACGCUGCUUUGUACCUUUCGAAAUAUAUACUCGUAUUUAAGGGAGAAGCCAUGAUGGUCGUGUCUUCUCCGUGUCUUACCUGGCA